CCCAAUUACCCAAACAAAAGAAUUUAAAAUUUUUAUACCUUUAAUUUCUCUCUCUUCUUUCUCCCUCUAAGAAUGAUGGGUGAAAUCAAAUUGUUUGGCCAAACAAUUGUGUUACAAGUUAAGCAAGAAAAUAAAGAAGAAUUAUCAUACAAAAAGGAUAAUCAUGAUCAAGAUCAAUCAAGUGAUGAUCAAUCAAGUAGUGAAGAUAAAAACAACAAUUUAAUCAAUAAAAGACCAGAUAAGAUCAUUCCUUGCCCAAGAUGCAAAAGUAUGGAGACUAAAUUUUGUUACUUCAACAAUUACAAUGUUAAUCAACCUAGACACUUUUGCAAAGGUUGUCAGCGUUAUUGGACCGCCGGCGGGGCUCUCCGUAAUGUCCCAAUUGGUGCUGGUCGCCGGAAAAUUAAGCCGCCGGGAAGAACCGGCAACUUGUUUUCCGGUAUAUGUUUACUUGAAGGGAUGAAUAUGGAGCGAUUUGAAAUGAUGAAUGAUGGUAUGGAUAUGGUGGUUGAUGAAUGGAAACUUACUGCUGCCAUGGCUGCCGCCGGUAGUGGUUUUAAUCAUGGCUUUCAAGUUAAGCGGAGGAGAAAUGAGUCUACUGGUCAAACUUGUUGACUUUUGAGGUUUUAUUAUUCACAAAUUUUUAAAUUAGACAGUCUGAUGGUAAGACAAUCUUUAUUGAGUUGGUAUGUAUAUUUAGUUUAUUAAAAUAAUCACCUAUGAUUUUAAAGUGAUUAAUUAGAAAAAUAGGUUAAUUAAUAUAUAGGCUCAUUUCAUGGUGAGACGGUCUCAUACAAAGCAGCAAAUUGAUUAUUAUUACUCCACUUGUUUAAUUUAUUAGUCACACCUUGACAAAAAGCUCUUAUGAGUUAUGACUAAGAUUGAAUUGUGAUAAAUAAAGUGAAAUAGAUGGAGUAUUAUUUUACAUUUAGGUUACUUUUACUUUGUAUGUGUAGAUCAAUAAUUUGGAAGGGUAAAAAGAAAUGAGGGGCACAAAUUAUGGAGAUUAUUAUUGUUAAUGAAUUUUUGGUGUAAAUAUAAUUAAUUAGCCUUGGUUUGAAAAAUAAAAAAGAUUAGGCUUUGGAUUAAUCUCUUUUAUUUCUAGUUUUAUCCCAAAUGUGUGUAUAUUUUUUAUGAUUUUAUUGAAAAUAAUUUGUUGUAAAAUUUUCAUUUCUUAGGAGUUUUCUUUCGUAAAUUUUAACAUUGAUAGUAUGUCAUUCAUAUUGAUUC